AGCUGCUGGUGGAAGUAGAAAACGUCCGUGAAUGAGCUGAAGGGUUUUUACACGUCUAACCUUUGUCAUUAUGGUUGAAUGAUGAGCAGGCAGAGCAAAUCCCAGCUGUAAACUAUGGCUCUGCUCAGCUGUUUACCUCCUGUGGAGAUUGGAGACUCUGAUCUAGAGAACUGGGAGGUGAUUGGCUCUGGUGGGUUUGGACAGAUUUACAAGGCCCGGCACUGUCAGUGGUGCUGCGAUGUGGCAAUCAAACUGCUUCAUUUCGACAAUGGAAACAGCAACGCUUUGCUGCGUGAAAUCAACAUGAUGCGCAAAGGAAGCAGCCCUCACAUUAUCCACGUCCACGGGGUUUUUAGAGGUCGAUCUCCUACCUCUGGACUGUCAGUGCAGGUUGGGCUGGUCAUGGAGUUCAUGGAGACAGGAUCACUGGCCUUUCUGCAGCAAACUUUAGAAGACCCUCCACCCUUGCCGCUGGUCUUCAGACUGAUCCAYCAGGUGGCUCUGGGUAUAAACUUCCUGCACAGUCUCACCCCCGCUGUGUUGCACUUGGACCUGAAGCCCGGCAAUGUGCUACUGGACUCCUCGCUCAAUGCCAAGCUCACAGAUUUUGGCCUCUCCAGGUUUUCCCAGAGCAUCACUCGGGCAUCCAAUAAGGACGACAAAGACGAAGGGGGAACUCUGAGCUAUAUGCCACCAGAGGCUUUUCAAACAUCGUACAGCCCCACUCGAGCCUCUGACAUCUACAGUUUUGGUAUUCUGCUGUGGUCCAUUGUCACCGGGAAACAACCGUAUGCAAAUGCAAUGUCCUGCAUAGUGAAGUUCCGCAUCCCUCAGGGAGACCGUCCAUCUCUGGAUGAGAUCAGGCGUCAGGCUGCGGGGCGCGCAGGGUUGGCCACACUGAUGGAACUUAUGCAGAAAUGUUGGGAUUCGAAGCCCAGCGUGCGGCCCGACUCUCGUAUUUGCACAACUGUAACAGAAGAACUGUACAAGAUGCACAAGCAUUCCGUUAUUGAUGCWGUCCACCACGUGCUGAAGAAACUGAACCAAAACGAAGAAGAAAGAAUAACAGAGCAGAUCGGAGCGCUUUCUAUUACUCAGCCUGAAGCUAAUUAUAUAUCUGAAGCACCAAACUUUUGUGAUGAUGUUCUAACAGGACCCCCGCCGGUUCAGCGUCAGUUUUCCAGCCCUGAAACUUUCCCCUGCCCUCACUCUUCUCCUCAUGGCGUCAUCAUUCACGGCUCCAGUGUUACCGGCUUGCAGACGGGCAGCCACAACACCAUGUACAUCUUCUCAGAAAGGAGGCGGCACCCAACAGCACCACCGACCUAUGACAUCCCACCACACUGAGGGAACGUCAAAUCUCAGAUUACUUUUUUAUAUGGUUCUCAUCAAGACAGAAACUUUACGUUUGCUUUUGAACCUCUAACUCUGUUUCGCUUUUUUUUWWAAAUCAGCCAGGUUUCACAUGUAUUUUUGUCACACGAGAAGCACCGAAAACAACAUAAGUUCUUAUUUAUUCUGUUCUAAAAAGAUUUACACCUUCUUUUUGUACUGUCAGUAGUGUGAAUAGGAGCAGAGACAGUUUUUUUCUUUCACCAUCUGUGGUCAGAAAAUAUCUAGUCCCUCUGCCAACUCGCCUCAAGAUGCCAAAAACCAUCACUAUAAUUAGACAAGGUGAAAAUACGGCAUGUUUUAAAGGCAAAUAUUUGUAUAUUUGACAUGCUGGAAGGUUCUGAACCAUUAUUAUAUUAUUUGAUGUAGUUAGCUCUUUAAGCAACAUCAGUUUAAAGAAAUACUUUAAUUCUGAAGGAAUUGUUCAGACUGAGCUGGGCCAAGACAAAAAUGGAUGUCUGCUGUGUUUUUUUUUUUAAAAGGGAAGCUCCAAUUUAAAAAGCUUCAUUGCGGUUCAUGCAAAUGCUAAUGAAUAAGCUUUUUGAUGAGAUUUUAGAARUCUCUGUUUUUGACAUCUAUUCAUUUUCUCGUGGCAGUCGUGUUGCGGGGGCGGCAGCUUGAGCAGUAAUACCCAGACAUAUUUUCCCACAGCCACCUCCUCUAGCUCUUCUGGGAGGAUUUUAAGGAGUUUCCAGACCAGCCGAGAGACAUAGUCUCUUCAGUGUUUCCUGGGUCUACCCUGGGGUUUCCUCUUAGUUGGACAUGCAUGCACCUCCUUAAGGAAAUGUCUUUAAARCCUUAUCAGAUGCUGGAACCACCUCACCUGGCUCCUCUCGAUGUAGAGGAGCAUCUAUACUGAGUCUCUCUGAGAAAUGUUUCUAAGGGAGAGUCCAGCUACCAUGUAGAGAAAACCAAUCUUGAUAGCUUGCAAUCUUGUUCUUUUGGUCACUAUACCAAACGUUCCUGACCAUAGUUGAGGGUAGGAACGUAGACAAACCAUUAAAAGAAGAGCUUCAUACCUUCUUCACCACAACAGACUGGUACAAAGUACACAGCAGAAUCCUCACUGAUCUAUCAGUUGAUCAGACUGAUUCGUCCCUCACUUAACAAAACCCCAAGAWACUUAAACUCCUCCAUUUGAGACAGCACCUCAUGUCCAACCCAGUGCAAUCCAYCCUUUUGUGACUGCAUGACCUCUGAUUUGAAAGUCUGAUCUUCAUCCCAGCUGCUUCCCACUCGACUGUGAACCGCUCCAUUGAGAGCUGAAGAUCCCGGCACG